AUGGAACUACAGGACUGCUCGCUGCGCCUCAUGCGGCACUUUAUGUGUUGCAUAUUGCUCUUGCCACCUCGUCCUCAACUGCAUCUGAAGCUGUUCUAUAGUCUGAGUAUCUUGACUUAUCUCAUCAUCAUUACGCAUUGGCGCUUUGGCUUCAAGUACGAAGUGAACUAUGAUUAUAUGAAUGAUUAUUUCUCGCUCGCUGUUGAUUUCUUUAAUUUCAUCGCCUUAAUUUCGGGACAUGUGACUGUUGCCCUGGAAUUGAUCUGGAAGAAUCGCAGCAUUGUCAUCGACCAGAAGUUUCAAGAGCUACAAAACACUUUGCACGAGAAAUUGGGACACAAAGUGAAUGUGAAGAGAAUUCAAUUGCAUUGCAACUUGGUUUUCAGUUUUCUCUUUCUUCGAGUUAUUGUGCUAACAAUUAUGACUCUGAUGAACUUUACAACCACAAACACCUAUUUUCUCUACGUGUUGAACUUCUAUUCGGAAAUGGUGGAAAUUCUGCGCUGCUGUGAAUUCAUUUUGCACGGAGUUCUUGUGCUGUCCAUCUAUCAGGAAUUGAACUCUGCGAGUUCUCAGUUGAUUUUCGAACUACAGACGAAAGACAAUUUGUGUGUGGAACGCAUAUUUGUGAUGCAAGAGCUGCAUCAACUGUUGUGGAGCACACAGCGUGAGAUUGAGAAAAACUUUGAGCUGAGUAUCAUUGUGAUUAUGAUGAAGAACUUUGUGGACACCUCGGUUAUUCCUUACUGGUUGUAUGUCAGCAGAAAAUUUGACAAUUUUGCACUGCAUUCAUGGUGCAUUACUGAGGAAAUUGGCAAACUUUUGGAAGUGAUUAUUCCUUGCUGGAUUAGCACACGUUGUGAUUAUCUACAAAGAAAGCUGCGCUCUCAGUUUCAUGGAGUUUACUCAGAUCGAAACAAUGAGCAACUAAAUGAGGCUUUACUUAGAAUCUCAAGUCAGUUGACUCAGGAAAGAUGUCAUUAUCGCAUUGGUGGCUUUAUAACGCUUAAUAAUGAAAUGCUGGGAAGGUUCCUUUUCGGUGUUGUCAGCUACAUUUUCAUUUGCAUACAGUUUCGGAUCAACUUUUAUUCACAUGAAGCCGACAUCUUGCAUUUGCAGAGACUUCACAAUCGGACAGAGACAUCGUAUCUGUAUAUUAAAUUAUAAAAGGCAGAAGAGUUUUAGAUUACAAAAUGUCAGAAAAUAAAAUACUUUAAAUACUUGCUUUUAAAAAUCAAAGAUAGCAUUUCAGCUGUCUGUU